AUGCAGAUUCCAUUGCUUAGACUACAAUGCGGCGUCAACAGCUACGACUGGGGCAAGGUCGGCGAGUCGUCCGCUGCAGCUCGAUAUGCGGCCACAACGGCGGGCCAGGAUUUUUCGAUCGAGUCUGAGAAGCCCUAUGCGGAGUUGUGGAUGGGCACUCACCCCUCCCUGCCCUCGAAAGAUGUCGAAACCCAGCGCACCCUCCUCGAUCUCGUCCAAGAUAACCAGGCUUUGCUUUCGACGGAGGUUAGCGAGCGCUAUGCUAAUCGGCUUCCUUUCCUCUUCAAGGUGCUUUCUAUUGGCAAAGCGCUCAGCAUCCAGGCCCACCCCAACAAGAAGCUGGCAGAGCAGCUUCAUGCGCGGGACUCUAAGAACUACCCCGAUGACAACCAUAAGCCCGAGAUGACCAUUGCCAUCACACCCUUCGAGGGACUGUGUGGCUUCCGCCCCCUCGCCGAGAUCGUUCAUGCCCUGAAAGCAAUUGAACCCCUCCGCACCUUGAUUGGCGAACAAGCCACCAGCGAGUUUGAGAAAACCGUGAAAGGGAAUGAAGAGUCCGAAGAUGAGGCUGUAGUGCAGCGAAACAAGGACGCGUUGCGCUCCGUGUUUACCUCACUGAUGGAGUCGCCUUCAGAGAAGAUCGAGGCUGCUUCAAAGGCCUUGAUUGAAUUGGCAGAGAGCUCGCCGGCGAGCUUCGGCACCUUGCCCGAGGAGGUCGAGACCAACCCGAGUGACCCAGCUGAGCUGGCUGCCAUCAUUCAGCGACUCAACGGACAAUUCCCCCACGAUAUUGGUCUGUUUGUUUUCUUCUUCCUGAACUUCAUCAAGCUCGAGCCUGGCGAGGCAAUGUUCUUGAAGGCCGAUGACAUCCACGCCUACGUGUCUGGUGAUAUCAUCGAGUGCAUGGCUUCAUCCGAUAACGUCGUGCGCGCGGGUUUCACCCCUAAGUUCAAGGAUGUGGAUACCCUUACCAAGAUGCUGACCUACUCGUACGCGCCCAUCGAGGAGCAGAAGCUCCGCCCAACGGAUUACCCGUAUACGGUACUCAAUGCGACGGCAUACUCGAGCGCCUCGUCAUCGCUACUGUAUGAUCCUCCGAUCGAAGAGUUCAGCGUAGUCAAGACCGAUUUGAAGCGCAAGGGUGCCAAGGCGACAUUUGAUCCGAUUGUUGGACCCAGCAUUUUGAUCUGUACCGGUGGUCAGGGCACCAUCAGCAUUGGCCACAAGACCGAGGAAGUUCGUGAAGGCAACGUCUUCUUCGUGGGAGCUGAUGCCGAGUGCAUUAUCCAGAACACUGGAAGUGGCGACGGCGAGGAGGAUGUCUUCACUACAUACAAGGCAUUUUGUGAGCUGGAUGGUGAGAGCACCGCCGAUCAAUAA